AUGGGGAUCCGACGUGCCGUCCACGAGGCACGCACUCAAGAUGAUGCAAGCAACAAUUUGCUGCUGUGGGACAAGACCAACAUCGAGCCGCUUCAUGAGCAAGUUUGUUUCGGGGCCGGGAUCUUGAAACACUGGCGAGCUCGGGGGUUUUGUCCAAGACAGAAAUUGAUCGAUGCUCCCAAAAAUGAGGCCGAACCGUUGAAGCCAAGGAACGGACCCAUCCUUGGUCUUGGGGGAAAACCAAAAUCACCAGCAAGUCCCUGCCCAUGUUGGCGCAACAGCCAACCUGGAGAGCCAUGGGUGGAAAGUCGUCUGUCGGAACGGCCGUGGAUUAUGCAGGCGCCAAUCGGAGCGAAUAAUUGUAACCGUGUUCCUGAUCAGCGUUUCAAGCAUCCAGGGCACUUGAUCAGUGCCCGAGGGACUUUGUGGCCUGUUGCGUCAGCCCUGACCCUGUCCUUGAAGAGUUCACGGUCUAUUGGCAUUUGUAUUGAGAGUCCUUGUGGCAGAUGCCAAAGAGUGUUGGGAUGA